CUCCCUCCUUGCUGAAGCCAUUUGAAGCACUUCAGGCGUAGAAGAUCUGAAGGACAUUCACUGAGGAUCAGAUGUUGCCCCUUCUUAUUAACAAAUCCAGUUUAUUCAAAGAGAUUUUACAGCUUUCCCUUCAGGAUAUAUGUUUAUCUUUUUUUUUCUCCUGGUUCAAGCUAACAAGAUUUUGUUGUUGUUGUUCUUUUGGGAAAGAAUACGAUGCAACCUGGAAGCAGUGGUGGGAAAAUGAAGAAAGAAAAAUGACAGAGAGAGGCAAAGAAGAAAAUAGACCUGACGUCAUUUUUAUGAAGGAAAAAUUUCAGCCUUUCAUAUAAAAUAUGAUGGUCCCAAUACACUGCUAAGAAAUUAAAAUUUGCACAAUCCAUCAGUUCCCACCAACAUGACUUCUGAAAAGCAUUUGAUGUGCAAAUCAACAAUAAUAAUGGGGUCUAAUAGAUCAUAUCUGAACCUUACAGAUUUGUCACUCACAGUUUAAUCAGCCUCUCGUGGCCAGCUGCAGCAUCAGCUGGAAGCAGCAAACUCUACAACUCUGAGACUUUUAAACCAGUAUGGGGAAGUACUGGGAACUUUAUUUCAGGCUGGAUUUGAAAGGGUAUCAUCACUUCUGAAUCAUAUGAAAAACUACCAAAGUCUGUACUGGAGCUGAAAAUGAAUUAAACAUGGUUGAUUCAAGCAAUACUUCAGAAAAUAACUGUGGUAGCAAUAAAAUCAUUACACAACAAGUUGUUCCAUUGAUCUAUGGUUUCAUCUUUAUAGGUGGAAUACUGUUAAAUGCAGCGGCAGCUUGGAUCUUUCUUCACAUUCCCAGCAAGACAAGUUUUAUUGUUUAUCUCAAGAACAUUGUCACAGCCGACCUUAUUAUGAGCUUAACUUACCCUUUUAAAAUACUUUCUGACUCCAAAAUUGGACAUUGGCAGCUCAAUGUUGUUGUCUGCCGCUAUUCUGCUGUCAUCUUUUACCUAAAUAUGUAUAUUAGUAUAACAUUAUUUGGACUCAUAGGGUUUGACAGAUGCUUUAAAAUAAUGAAGCCGCAAUUCAGCACUUCGGCUUACAAUGUCCAGUGUAGCAAAAUUGUAUGUCUGGUCAUAUGGCUGCUACAGAUUCUUAUCUCUUUUCCCAAUAUUAUUUUAACAAACCAAACUCCUACGGAAGACAAUUCAAAUGACUGUAUGAAACUCAAAAGCCAUCUUGGAAUCCAAUGGCACACAGCUUCAAGCUACACAUGCCUAGGAAUUUUCUGGAUUGUGUUUUUUCUCCUAAUAGUCUUCUACAGUUCCAUUGCAAAGAAAAUAUAUAUUUCACACCAAAAAUUUAAGAAAAAUUCCAAGCUGGUAAAGAAAAAGACCAAUCGAAACAUUUUCACCAUCAUGUUUGUGUUUAUCGUUUGUUUUGUUCCAUACCACCUGGUCAGAGCCCCAUAUACAUUAAAUCAAAUCAAAGGUGAUUACCACUGUGAGAUUAAAAAUAUGCUGUUUUACCUAAAAGAACUUACUUUGCUACUGUCUGCUGCAAAUGUUUGUCUUGAUCCAGUUAUUUACGUAUUCCUUUGUCAACCAUUUAAGGAAAAACUGUACCAAAAAUUGCAUCUGAAAGUUAGAACAUCUGAAGAGUUCGAAAAUUCUAAAUCAAGAAAGUCAAAUGCUAUUGAAACAGUUACUAUUUUAUAAAUUCUAAUAGCAAGCAUUUUCAACAUUAUGGAGAUGUGGGCAUGUUGUUAAAUUAAGCAAACAGUUUAUGACUGAUGAAGAAUAUUUGUCCUACUCAAUCAUCGCUGCAAUACCUAUCCCCUUCCUUACACUAUGAAUUGAUUACAGGUCAUAGUCAAUUUAGGACCACAGUUUAGACCAAAAUUUCCA